CAUGGCAUAUACAGACAUCUAUCAAGGACAGCUAAGAGGAAACAUUUCUGACAAGAUAGAAAACAUGCAACACUGGGAGCAACCAGGUUAUGAGCCUUUCUUACCUGUCACAGAGAAGUCUAAUUCCCUCACCAGAAACAUUGAUAGAGCAAACCCAAAGGAAAUUGUACAAAUGCUGCAAAAAUGUGAUGCAGAGAUGUUUGAUCAAACGUUACAUGCAGAUUCAAUGUAUCAGAAGCUGAACAGCUCUUCUGUGGUACAGACAAUGGUGGAGGUGUCCAAGAGAGUGGAAAUGAUUCUUAGGCACCCAGAAGACAGUCUGAUUGUCCUAAGUGGCUGUGGAAGUUCUGGACGUUUUGCUUUUCUUUUGGUGAUGUCUUUUAACAGAUUGCUUGCUUCUCAACACCAAAACCAAAUCUAUUCUUACAUCAUUGCUGGUGGUGACAAGGCCCUGUUGACAUCACAAGAAGCUCCAGAGGACAAUCCCAUGCUGGGUGCACUUACACUGGACAAGGUUUGUGCUGGAAAGAAGCACGUCCUCUUUAUUGGAAUAUCAUGUGGUUUGUCUGCACCGUUUGUUGCUGGCCAGCUUGACUUAUGUUUAAAGAACUUGGAGAUCUUUACUCCAGUGCUGAUUGGAUUCAAUCCUGUUCACAUGGCACGGUCUGAGCCCAUACAGAAUGUUCCAUUUCACUUCAGGGAGGUCGCUGAGAGAUUAAGCGAAAUGCAGAAACAUCGAAAGGCCUUUGUGCUUAAUCCAACAGUGGGGCCUGAAGCAAUUAGUGGAUCAUCAAGAAUGAAAGGAGGAAGUGCAACAAAAAUAAUUCUGGAAACUAUUUUGUUGGCAGGGCAUGAAGCUGUUUACAGUCAUAAAGCAGUGACUUUCAAUAAUAUACAGGCCUCUCUCAAAAUGUAUGAGAAAGUUUGUGAAAUCACUUACUUACAGAGAGAUAAACUGGCAGCCCUGGUUCAAAAAUCCGGAAUAAGCCUACAAAGAAAAGGGCAUGUAUAUUACCUUGGAUGGCAAGGUCUUGGCAUUAUCGGAAUUAUUGAUGCUAGUGAAUGCAUUCCAACAUUUGGAGCAGGCUUUGAAGAUAUCAGAGGGUUUAUUAGCAAGGGCUUCAGUGAAAUGGACAACAAAGAGGGAGAUCUCUCAUCUCUAGGCCCACAUUUCAUCAUUGGCCACAAGGAUUUUGUUAACACUAUUUUACCCCAUCUGAGUGACAAUGACACAGUGAUAUUUCUCUUUAGUGUAAAUGAUGAUAUGAUUGAGAUUUUAGAGUUGGCCAAAUGUGUGGGACAGUACACAUCAAAUCUUCAUGCGCUUACCCAUGAGCCUGAAGGACUCUGUGUUCCUGAAAACAUAAGGAGCAUGUUUAUGACAGUUCUGACAACCACAUGGCCGUCAUCUUUAAAUGAGCAAAAUCCUGUACUAAUGAAACAGUGCUGGGAGAUUUCAACUAAACUGUGCCUAAAUGCAAUAAGCACUGGAGCUCAUGUCCUACUUGGAAAAGUGUACAUGAAUUACAUGAUUGACCUCAGAGUAACUAACAGCAAACUUUACAGAAGAGCCAUUCACAUGUUACAGAGGUUCACAGGGAGCAACCACACUGAGUGUGAAACAGCUCUGCUGAAGGUUAUCUACGAUGUGGAGCAGCUGACUGAGGAGAUGAGCUUGGCAGAUGUUACCAAACACACACUGAUGGCUAACAAACGGGAAAGAGUUGUUCCUACUGCACUGGUGAUGCUACAGUCCAGCUGCACAGUUGCAGAGGCUAAAGCCCAUUUAAAUGCUCAUACUGUGAUUCGAGAAGCCGUGGCUGUCUGCCAGAAAACAACUUAAUACAGAAGCAAUUAGGACUACAGCAUCUGCUUCUGUUUACUACAGAGGAUGACACUUUUCCUUUAUUUAAUAAAAAUGAGUAAUUGUUAAUUAAUUCCUUACAGUCACAAAAAAAGAUGAUUACAUAUUUUUAACUAAGACAGUUUUGGACAGCCAUAACUAAGAGUAAAAUGUGCCUAAUGGACACAUUAAAUUAAAAGAUUUUCCUAAUACCCAUUUCCCAAAGCAGUUUCAUGUCCAGUAGUCUGUUUUGCUUUAUUAAAGCCUUCUUUUAAUGUUUGGAAAUGUAUGUGGAUUAUAGGAAGGCGACUGUCUGUGUUUCCCAAAAUUUUCUGACAUAACUACUGUAUUCAUGAGCAGAUUUUAAAAUGUAUUUAUUAGUUUGUUUUUUAUAUGCAUUUUCUUUUUUUUAGCCCGUCCAAUUUUUACCCAAUUGCGUUACACUUCCUCUCUACUGGUGCUGACCCCCACCCCGAUUGAGGAGAGCGAACUGACACACGCCCCCACCGACACGUGCAGUAUCCGACUGCAUCUUUUCACCUGCACAAGGCGAGUUCAUAUGCGGAUCAGCUAUGUGUACGCAGAGCCACACACACAACUCUGUGCAGGUGCCAUCAAUCAGCCAGCAGAGGUCAUAAUUGCAUUAGUUAUGAAGUCCUUAUCCGGCUUUUCCCUCUCUGUAUGAACAACAAGCCAACUGUCAUAUAGCCGCCCAGCCCAGCCGGAUGGCAGAGCUGAGUUUCGAACCAACGAGUUUGAAAUGUCAGCUCUGGUGUGCUCCGCUGCGCCACCUGAGUGGCUUUAUAUUAGUUCUGACAUGUUAGCGCACAUAUAGUAUGGUUUCUGUGAAUAUGUUUGAAGUUUACAAUGGUGUUAGUAUAUUUCUUCAUUUAUAGUUAUCUUCUGGUACCUCAUUUAAUUCUGGAAUUUACUGGUAGAUUUUUGAGUUGUAAUAGACAACUGGGUGCCUGGACUGAACCUGGGUCACUGGAGCUGGGCCUGAUGUAAAAACCUGAUUAUGUAUAGAAUUGUAGAAUUCAUUAUAGAAUUAAUUAUGAGAAGUCAAUACAUACGUAAU